AUGGAGAGCUCGGCCACGGAACCCCACCACCGCCGCGAGAACGUCGCCACCUACGAGUCCCCCCACCCGAUCUACGCCAUGGCGAUCUCAGCCGCCGACCCCCGCCGCAUCGCCGUCGGCAGCUUCCUCGAGGAGCUCGGUAACCGCGUCGACGUCCUCACCUUCUCCGACGACCGCCCCGCCGCAGCUUCCAUCUCCCCCUCCUCCCCUGCUCUCUCCUUCGACCACCCCUACCCCCCGACGAAGCUCCUCUUCCACCCAUCCCCCUCCGCCCCCGCCAGCCUCCUCGCCUCCUCCGGCGACUUCCUCCGCCUAUGGCGAGUCGGCGACGCCUCUGUAGACCCCAUCUCCACCCUCAACAACAGCAAGGCCAGCGAGUACUCCGCGCCACUCACCUCCUUCGACUGGAACGAGGCCGAGCCCCGCCGCAUCGGCACCUCCAGCAUCGAUACCACCUGUACCAUCUGGGACGUCGAGAAGGGCGUCGUCGAGACCCAGCUUAUCGCCCACGACAAAGAAGUCUACGACAUGGCCUGGGGAGAAGCCGGGGUUUUCGCCUCCGUCUCGGCCGAUGGUUCGGUUAGGGUUUUCGAUCUCAGGGACAAAGAACACUCCACCAUCAUCUACGAGAGCCCGAUCCCCGAUACACCUCUUCUGAGGCUCGCCUGGAACAAACAGGACCUUAGGUACAUGGCAACUAUCUUGAUGGACAGCAAUAAAGUUGUGAUUUUGGAUAUCCGUUCGCCAGCUGUCCCCGUGGCCGAGCUCGAGAGGCACACGGCCAGUGUGAACGCCAUCUCGUGGGCCCCACAGAGCUGCAGGCACAUAUGCUCUGCAGGGGACGAUGGGCGGGCUUUGCUGUGGGAGCUGCCCACUGUCGCUGGGCCCAACGGGAUUGACCCAAUGCUCGUGUACCCCGCUGGUGCGGAGAUUAAUCAGCUGCAGUGGUCCGCGGCCCAGCCCGAUUGGAUCGCGAUUGCAUUUGGGAACAAGAUGCAAAUGCUCAAGGUUUGA